AUGGCGUCCAACAGCGGCGUACCCGAAUCGGAGGACGUCAAGUCCUCAAUCUUUAGCAUGCUGCACGAUUACGGUACAAACCCCCUCCCGCCCGCCAUCCACGCCAUCUUCAUCGCCGCUCUGCACGCGCGGCCCCUCAAGGUUCUCCCGUGCUCCUUCGCGCCCGCCCUGCUUUUCAGCAGCUACGUCAACCUUGCCGGCUUCCCUACCGACAGCGCCGGCUUCACCUGCGCCCUCUCCGGCCUGUAUGCCCUCCUCGCCCUGCGCCGCCGCCAGCCCCUGCGCAGCAAGUUCACCGCCCGUGGCCUUGUGCGCGGCACCGCAAUUGGCAUGGGCUUUGCCAACUCGGCUGCCGGCGCCUGGGUCUACGCCAACGGCGACCGCAAGGCGGACGAGGCCGCGAGAAGGGAGCGGAACCGCUGGGGUGGCGACGCGUAG